UAAAAUGGAAAAAAAUCACUCAAAAUCCCACAAAUCUUUUACAGAAGAAACUAAUUUAAUCGAUUUUUCAUUUUGUGAUUAUAAAUCCUCAUUUGAACCUUUACUAGUGAGCCGUGAUAAACGUAUGACUGUAAUUGAAGAUCGCACAGAUUUCUGGAAAUUUGUCAACAAGUAUGAAACUAUGCUCAAGAAUGUGGGGCACCCAAUAUUGGCUAAUCCUUUAGAAGAGGAUGAAUAUAACGAAAAUGCUCCUAGUCAUAAAUUAAAAUGUAUUUGUUUGCAACUAAAUGACGAAGCUAAAACAAAUAAGGAUGUGUUGUACAACAGGCAUUUUUCUGGGGAAUCACAUGUGUCACCAUUAAGAAUAAAGCAAUUUCAAGAAAUUAUUAUUGUGUACUUGGAUAUUAAACAAAAAGAAAGGUUUGCUAAAGUAAAAAAAUUAAGAAAAAGUCAGAAAUCUCUACCAAUAUGGAAAUUUAAGAAGGCGUUGCAAGGCUCACUGGAGGAGACACAAGUUUUAAUAAUUGCUGGUGAUACUGGAUGUGGUAAAUCAACCCAAGUGCCUCAAUAUCUAUAUCAGUUUGGUUACAAAAAUAUUGCUUGUACCCAGCCAAGGCGUUUAGCUUGUGUUUCUCUAUCGAAAAGAGUCGCUCAUGAAAUGUUAGAAGACUAUGGUUCUAAAGUUGGAUUUCAAAUAAGAUUUGAGAAAAAUAAAACAAUGCAUACAAACAUCCUUUUUAUUACAGAAGGUUUGCUCUUGAGACAGCUGGCGCUGGAAACUAAUCUUGAUCAAUAUGAUGUUUUAAUACUCGAUGAAAUACAUGAGCGAAAUCUCUUUGGUGACUUUCUUUUGGGUGUAACCAAAUGUCUAUUGCGUGCUAAGCCGAAUUUAAAGUUGAUCCUUAUGUCUGCUACUAUAAAUGUUGAAUUAUUUCAUAAUUAUUUCAAAGAAGAGGGUGCAAAACUUUUACAAGUACCUGGACGACUAUAUCCUAUUAAAACAAUUUUUAAGCCACCACCAUCUUUAGAAUUCCAAGGCAAAGGAUCAUCACGUUCACAACAAACAUCAAGUCGUCUAGAUCCGGCACCAUUUAUCCAAGUACUAAAUUUAAUUGAUCAAAAAUAUUCACCUAGUGAACGCGGUGAUGUUUUAAUAUUUGUCAGUGGAGUAAAUGAAAUCACCACAGUUUGCGAUGCUGCCAAAGAAUAUAGCGAACAACAACAACAUUGGAUCAUAUUACCCUUACAUAGUGGACUCUCUUUAGGUGAUCAAGAUAAGGUCUUUGACUAUGCUCCUGAGGGAAUGCGUAAAUGUAUUGUAUCGACAAAUAUUGCAGAAACCUCUUUAACUGUAGACGGUAUACGUUUUGUUAUUGAUUCUGGCAAAGUUAAAGAAAUGUCAUACGAUGCCUCUUGUAAAGGACAGCGUCUUAAAGAAUUUUGGGUAUCAAAAUCAUCCGCUGAACAGCGAAAAGGACGUGCUGGACGUACAGGACCAGGAACAUGCUUUCGUUUAUUUUCGGAAAAACAAUAUGCCGCACUUGAGGCAUAUCCGACACCAGAAAUAUUUCGUGUACCACUUGAUACCAUACUGCUACAGAUGAUAUCAAUGGGCCUACCAAAUGUUCGGCAAUUUCCCUUCAUAGAAUCUCCAGAAGAGGAGAAUAUUGAACAAACAAUUUUGGGUUUAAAACAACAUAACGCUUUAACUUCCGAUGAAAAAAUAACAGCAUUAGGCAAAUCUCUGUCAAAUUUACCAGUGGAAAUCUCUAUUGGAAAAAUGUUAUUAAUGGGCUGUGUGUUUCCAGAUGUAGAAAAGAUUUUAACAUUGGCAGCUGUCAUGAGUGUUCAAAAUCCAUUUACCAAUCGUGCCUAUACCGAUCCCAAGUGUGAGGAAGCCCGUUCUUCAUUGGAGUCGGAUCAAGGAGACGUGUUUACCUUAAUGCGCGCCUAUCACGAAUGGUUAGAAAUUAAGUGGGAACGAGAAAAUUCUCGCAAAUGGUGUCAUAAAUUAGGCAUUGAAGAACAAAGAUUUUAUGAAAUUACCAAAUUGCGAAACCAAUUUCAAAAUAUUUUGCAGUCUUGCAAUAUGACAACAACUAGUUCAACUGAAGAACUCUCUAGCUCGGAGAGAGCCCGACGCCACGGUGAAGUGCGUAUGUUAAAAGCUAUAAAACGUAAACAGAAAUAUCAAGAACCACGUAAACGCAAGCUACUUAAACAUCAAGCAGGUCAAAAUUGUGAUGAAGAUGAUGAUUUUGAAAAUGCGGGUGAUGAUAUACGCGAUGUAGAUUUUCGUCUUUACAACGAUAGUGCAAAACUAGAGGUUUUGCUCAAUUCAUCCAAAACAGAUAAGUUGCGCGACGUGCUUUUGUUAAAACUUAUUAUUGUUAGCGGCUUUUAUCCCCAAAUAGCCAUAGCAGAUGAAUUCAAUUAUUGCAAGGGUGGAACUCAACAAUUUUUUCAUACCCUUUUAAAACCUUUUAUAUCCAUACAUCCCAAUUCAUAUUUUGCGAAAUGUUUUGAUGUUUUAAAAUUAAAUGAUAGUGAUAUUUUGGAAAAACCUUCGUAUUACACUCCUAAACAAGUGUUGAGUGAAACGCACCAAGUUUUGUGUUAUCAAAAUUUAUUAGAGACAGCCAAACCCUAUUUGAUGAAUUGCAUACGAAUGCCAGCCGCCCAGUGUUUACUCUUAUUUUCCUAUAGCAUUGACACAAAUGCUUCCAUCACACGUUUAAUUUGUGACUCUUGGCUGUGUUUAGAAUUUCCUACACCAGAAGCAGGCUGUGAAUUAUUACAAAGAGCCAUUAAGUUGCGUAGAUUAUGGAAUAAACUUUUAAUGGAUAAAUUAACUGAUUUGGAAUUAAAUGUAGAAAAUCAGUUAAAACCAAAACUAUCAUCUAAAUCAAAUAAUUAUAGUGAAGACGAUUUGUGGCAUAAAUUAAUUGAGUUUAUGAGUGCAAAUGUUGCAUACACCAUUAAACGAUUACUGCCGGCUGAUUUAAAAAAUAUAUACACCCACAAAUCUGUACAAGAUCUAGAGGAAAAAUUCAAAAUAAAUCCAUUUGAUAAUGAUUAUCAAAUAACAACUAAUUUGGAAAAAGGCGGCUUAAACAUUUGCGAAAAUGUUGUUUAUAAUUGUUUACAGGAACAGCAAUGGUCUCUAAAUAUGGAUUUAGAUUUGAGUACACACACCUGGACUUGCAACUAUUGUGACUUUGAAAUGGAAUUUAAUGUUCUUGAAAAACUAUUGCACAAAACAAAAUGUACAAAACGCCAGAGAUACUACGAAAAGAAGGGCGAUAAGACAUUGCCAAAAACAACACUUAACACCAGCAGUGGUAGCAGCAGUAAGAAUAAAAUAAAAUACAAUUGUCCAAAUUGUUGCCAAGAAUUAUUCAUAAGUCAAAUUGAUAUUUUAAAACAUAAAAAAUCUUGCAGAUAAUAAAGAAGUAAUGAUGUUAGAUUUUAAGAAAUAAUAAAUGUUGUGACCUUGUGGAAUAAAA